UGCAAAGAUCACAUCCUCUCCUUUCCUUGGACUCAAGAACUAGUUUCCUCUAACAGGAAGAAGACUCUGCUUUUUUUAGCACAAAGUUCCUGACAGAGAGCAAAAAAUAGACCCCUUCAAUCUGAUAGCAGUUUUCGGGUCAGUUAAGCUGAUGACAAGACUGUUGAUCGUGAAGAGCCAUAGCAAAUAUCCGCUAAGGUUUCCCAUAUCAAGGAGCAUCACCACUUAGUGCAAGACGACAAGUAUACUUGCUGGAUAGUCUAGUUUUUCCAGGUGGUUGCCAUGGUGACAGCAUCUGCCACGCCCAUCCCUAUAUCACCAAGUUCGUAGACGAGGCAUGGCAAAAUAGCAAGAGAAGCUCAACAGUGAGCAGCUUUUAACACACGAAGGGAACCACUGUUGUUUUUAUUCUGACUGAGGCCAUCUUAGCAAGGAUUUCAUUCAACAAGUUACACAUCAAUCUAAAAGAGAAGCCCCAGCUGUAGAGGAACAGAAAAAAACACACCAAAGGACUGGUUCCAUCGGUUUAUCCUGAGACAAGGCAGACUGUGGUUUGACAGCCCUUCUCUUGACACGAUCUUGACGCACCAACUGUCAGGUUUUAUCACCUCUACUACAAACAUUUGGACAGGACGGGUCAGGAUGCUACAUAAAAGAGAUGCCACAACAGACAACGUACACCGAGAGCACCGUGGGAUGUAAAUCUGUUAUCUCUACAGAAAGGAGACUGUUCCGCAGAAACAAACUAUCAAUAUUGAAGUUUGGAUGACGUGCGAGAGGGAUACGAUUUAUUCUCAGCAGGCAAAGGACAGCAGUGUUUCUACUUUAUUUGUCUCACACCCACACCACCGACGGUUCCUGUCGUCUGUCCUGAAGUGGUGAGAAAACCUCUGACGUCAGAUAAUUACUGGUGAAUACAAAGCAGGAGAGAGUCCAGACCUCCUCACCCAGCAUCCCCACAGGAAGUGCAACGACCUAGAGGUCAAUCAAUGCUACUUUCUCUAAAUGGGCCCCUGGCUCUGAGAGGACCUAAUUGUUUCCACUGGGAGUGUGUAUAAGAGGUGCGUAGGUGGGUAUCACCGGAUUCUUGUCUUUAUGAUGGAUGGACAAGAUAGACGUAAACCGGAGCCACAUCCUGACGCAACUGUUAAGCAGGCUUAAGGUAUAAAGCGAAAGCACGCAAGAGUGACUUCUGGGAGUUGGAUCUCUUUUCUAAAACCUUGAACGGUGGCAUUGUGUAGAAUACCAAGCAGACAAUAAAUGCAGGAAGCAUCUGAGUGGAUGUCAGAGAAGAAGACAGUCUGAGUUAAAGGAGGACUGAAAGGCAGCCAUCUGAAAGCAUCGAAAAUCAACACUUUGGAACAGACGAAACUCAUAUAAUGGCAUGUAAUAUAACAGGACAAAACUUAACGACAAGCAUCGAUUGGACUACUACUACUAUUGUGAGUAUAACUGUUGAGAUUAUCAUAGCUGUUGCUGCUAUUAUAGGAAAUAGUUUCGUCUGCCUUGCCGUGUACAAGAAUCGACGCCUGCGCGGAACCACAAACUAUUUCAUCGUGUCGUUGGCCGUGGCCGACAUCUGCGUGGGACUUCUUGGAAUUCCGUUUGCGAUCGUAACUGCUCUGGGAUUACCUGACAACUUCCACGGUUGCCUGAUGAUGCUUUCUUUUAUAAUCAUCACGACGCAGAGCUCGAUUUUUAGCCUCCUUGCCAUUGCGGUGGACCGCUAUGUCGCUAUAAUGAACCCGUUACGGUACGAAUACCUGAUGACGACACGAACCGCCCGUUGGGCCAUCGCCGCAACAUGGACGCUGUCACUGCUCAUUGGCAUGGUCCCCUUGAUGGGCUGGAAUUUGGGACCAGCUCAAAACGGAUGUGGAUUUACAGAUGUCAUUGAUUUUGACUACUUUGUCUACUUCAACUUCUUCGGCUGCGUGUUGACUCCACUGCUAAUAAUGGGAUUCAUUUAUUCCACAAUAUUCUGGUCGGUACGAAAACAGCUGCGGUUGAUCAAGAGUACCGACAUCACGACUUCCGCCAUAGAGAAGAAGAAAAAGUAUUUCAAAAAGGAGGUUAAGGCGGCAAAGUCGUUAGCGAUUAUAGUCGGACUGUUCGCAGUGUGCUGGUUACCCUUGCAUACGCUAAACUGUAUCACUCACUUCACCAAAGACCCGUGUGCGUUUCCGUACGAACUGCUCAUGACUGCCAUUCUUCUAUCUCACGCCAAUUCAGCGGUUAACCCUGUUAUCUACGCAUUUCGGAACCGCGACUACCGGAUCACCUUCAAGAGCCUCGUUCAGACAUGUUUCUUUUGUUGUCCGUGGACGGAGAUCGUGUUGAAUGUGUCUGACCAAUCACAAUCCGGCGUGGAAUCCCGCCAUAACCACAUUCAACUGAGGAGUCUCAGUCGCUCACAGAGGAACUUGAUUCACGGGGCCCUCUCACAGUCAAAGUCAUCUGUCAAUCAAAUGAAUUCCCGUACGCCCUCAAAACUAAGCGUAAUGCAGGGAUCCAUGGAAAAGGUCGACCAUGAAAACUACAAGGUGGGUAAAGUCUUGAAAAAGCGUCAGUCUGACCUGAGUUUGACCUCAAUAAGUACAAAUCAAAUCAAUGAACUGGAAUGUUAACUUUCAGACUGCUCCAAGUGACCCCAUCUUUCCUGCCUUGUUCAGAUACUCGGAGCAUCUAGCAGGAUAAGGGUUAAAAACAACCAAGUUGAACUUAUUUAUUAUUGGGAUAUUUUUAUGACAGUGGUACAUGGAACUAUGUUUGGGUAAAAAUCAUGUGCAAAAGAACUGACACCAUUAUACAUUCAUUGUCCUAGAAUGAAAUGUUUCCAAAGACUUUACAUAAAGACAGUAUCGUAUACAAUGCCUUUAAGAAAUCAAAACCACCUUGAACACUGUACACAUUUCAUUGAUUUAACAAAUGGUGGAUACCUAAUUCCUCUCAGAAUUUAUGUGUGCAAAUUUUGUAUGCAAGCAAGUCACUGCCCCCCUCCCCACUUUCUAAACACAUUCCUACAACUCUGUGUACAAUAUUUCUAUUAUAUACCCAUUUGUAAGAUAAGGACAGGACUGGUGUCAAACUACUGUUGAAAAGUUGGUUGAAAGUUUUACGACUCCUAGGAAACAAAAACUGUCACAGUUACUCCAGACUUUGAACUUUUCAGGGACAUGAACUUUAGGUUUUGAAAAAGUUUGGGUUGUGUCUACAAACGUAAUGUAUUUGUUGUUGCAAGCAAUAAUAUGCAAACUUUGCUGUUGCCACAACUUAACCUAUGUUUAUACAUGUGAGCUACAAUGUUUUUGGUGUGAACAGUUGAACAAAGUCAUAUCAAGAAAAGGGACUAUGCUAACUUAAACAUACCUUUGUUAUGCUAUAUUUGUUGCAUAUUUGUACAAUACCUUAUAUUCAGAAAGGGCAGCUAUAUGUUUCUUUACUUUUUUCACUUUUUGACUUAUUAUUGAUAUGAAUAUGUAGAAGAUCUUAAUUGUAGACUAGUAAUAUUUAUGAUAAGUUAGGACAAAAAGAGAUUUACUUAUCAAUAGAGCUUGUAUAUAAAAUGAAUGUUGUCUGUUAUCAAAUUUGAUGCUUUUGCUGAGCAUCUAAAAAGUAUGUUACGCAAAACUUCUCAUACAAGCAAAUGGAUUUUUUGAAGAGUGUCCACUGUUGAAUGUAGUCAAUCCAAAUAAGCUAGAAUCAACAGAAAAGCACAGUUUGAAGAACCGCAUGGAUAUAAAAGUAAAUUUUGAAUUUUGAAAGUAGUCAAAGUAUUGAGGUACAAGUGUUUUAAUUACUUGUGUCAAUGUGUUGUGAUAGCAUAAAGUAGAAUUGGCCAUUGAAAUUUAGCAAUGCUAGAAAUGAUCCUCUCUUUUUCACAAUACCGGGAAUAUACCUUUCAGACAAGAAUUAUGAAAUUUCAAUAUAUUUCAAAUAUUAUCAUUUAUCAAGCUAGGAACGCUAGAAAUGAUACUCUCUGUUUUACAGCCAGAAAACAAGAAUCAUGAAAUAUCAAAAUUUGUUAUUGACAUAUUAAGACUCUACACCAAGACAGGAAUGCAAGUUUUCCUAUAUCUGUGUUUUCUCCGGUAGUGUGCCUUUUGUAGAGGUAGUAAGAAACCAAACCUGCUAUAUAUGUUGCACAAGACAAUAUGUAAACAAGCUAGCUAUGUUGUCAGUACUUUAUCUAUGUUUAGAACUUGUAAUCAGGGUAUUUUUGGAUCAAACAAUUUACCACGCGAUCAUGUUAUGUUAAGUUAGAUGAUUCGUAAUUCCUAGUACAAAUCUGCGAUGUUCAUUUCUCUUAAAAUGUUACAUAGUUAUUUAAAAGAUUGUGAAACUGUCUUGAACUAAACACACAUAGUGAUAAUAGUACAAGGUGUGUCCAGAUAUGCUCUAUGUAAUGUGUGUAGAUUUGGAUCCCUUUUAUCAAUGGACAGUAGUGUGUUGGAGAUGUUUACAGAGUAAAUAUUUGUACAAGUGUGGGAGUCAGAGAGUUAUGUGUAUAAGCUACUGCUGCAUUAAAGCUACUCAGAGCCUCAAUGUAAUGAUGAUGUUGUGAAGUGUAUUUACUGUUUGCCUUGUGACAAAUGCUGUAAUGAAGGGUGUGUGUCAAUGGAAUGAAUCACAAGUUUCUGAAAAUGAAGACACAGAAUCACACAUCCCAUUGAAGAAUAAGUUUGGGGAACAUCUGCAAAGAAUUGUGUGAGUGAAUAUUGCGUGCAUAUGUGUGUGUAGGUGUGUGCACGUUGUGUACUAGGAAUGUUUGCGUGUGUGUGAAAUAUGGGGUACCGGUAGCCUUAUUACAUGAAAAUGGAUGGCAUUUUUUUCUAAACACAAAAUGUUUUGUUGUCCAGUUCUUAUUUUCCUUUCCUGAGCAUUUUGCAUCAUUCUCUGUGAAACCAAUUUUUCGGUCAUUUCUUACUCUGACUAUUAUUCAUCUUUAAAAGCCUGUCCCUCUGCAGUAAUGAAACAUUUGAUAUGUGUAUUCACUGUUG